AUGGAUCAGUAUCAUCCUGUGAAAGUGGACCUUACAAAGCCCGAGAACAACCGAGAGUUUCUUGUUUACAACCUCGGGCAGACAGUCGAAGGGGUGGACGUGGCAAAGGGUUAUCUUUACCACUCUCAGCUUAUCCUCUACAAAAUGGAUAUCCGAUACGUUGUCGACAAUACGGAAAAGGAUUACUACACGUGUCGUGUUUCUGGAACGAAUGAGCUCCUCGUCAGCGCUCCCGCUUGGGAUUACAACCAGCUUCAUUAUCGUGACUUCUGGGAUGGAGUUUCGAGAGACGACGAUGACCCAGAGAAGAUCGUUGAUCCGAUUUUGCAUGGCAUGGUUUCAGCCAUCGAUGACGCCCACGACAAGACGAUCAAGGCAAAAGGAGCUCGCGAUAUCAAACAUUUCAAGCUCCAGUUUCCUCAAGGCUGUGAACUUUCGUCGUCUGCCAUCUUCGCCGAGGCAGGAGAAGAUGAAUGGUGUAAGCUCAAGAUCAUUCCUCUUGUUUGGACGCACACGUUGAGUGGGCUCUCAGGAACCGAUCACUACGCUGGUUGGGUUGUGGCGAGGAAGGAUCUUGAGUCGAUCAAAAAAGGAAAGCCAAACUCGAAGCCGAAAGCUGAGAGUCAAGCUGCGAAGCUCCUUGCCAGCUUGGGUAUCGGGGCAACAACCGGUGAUGCACCAUCGUCGAAACCGAAACCAGCACCCAAAUUUAACACGACGUCUUCUUUGGGCCGUGCUGCUGCUUCAGGCACGAAGACAAACAGUGGCAGCAAGAAAUCAUCGGAUCUUAUGGAGUUGGACGACGAGAAUACAGGGCUUGAAGGUCUUGGGGCAGCUCUUGACGGAGCAGAAGCAGAGUUCAACCAGCUCGUUGGGGGUAACAAGAAGCACAGCACCAAGAAAAGGACAGUCAAUGAAGCGAUCGAUGAUGACGACGACGCUGAUGCUGAACGAGUUGAUCGCUUCGGCUUCGGUGGCGAUGAUACAGAAGAUUACUAG